GACGAGGUGCAGGACUGACUUUGACGCAGACCCCGAGAGAGAGGACGACGACUGAGUCUUCAGAUGCAGCACGUGACAUCAUGGAGCGAGAGAGGGUUCGACUUAUGGCAUCGAGUAACCCGCGUGCUCAGGCGUUCGCCUGGGCCUUAGAGGAGGCCAGGCUUCAAGAGACAGGGGGGGAUGGUGUGCAGGGUGGGGUGGUGGCGGGGGAGGACGUUGUGGAGGGAGUGGCAGCAGAGGCGGACGAUGAGGCUAUGCCGGGUGGACCAGAGGCAGCGGAUGUUGCUGUGGAGGGACGGCCACAGGCGGUGGAUGAGGUUGUGCAGGCAGGACAGCGACGAGACAAGGGGGCUAUAGACGCACGACACGUGGUCCAGAAGACAGCGACGGGUCCAGUCGUUCCGUUCUCGGGCCUGCACUUGGCUCAGGGCCGACAGUCGCAGGCGGUUCAGAUGGCAGUGCAUGGUGUGCCACCGCCCGUUAUCACGGAUUUGGGGUCCGAGCCGGUGGUUGUGCCCCCACGUCUUCCUAGUCACUUUGCUCCGCAGAAGGUCCAUCGUCCUCUGGAUGCAGAGGAGUUGGCGAGAGAGGUUGUGCGCGAUGUUACUCGAUUGGACCGGCGGAUCUUCGACCAGAGGCUCGAGCAUCCAGCAUGGCAGGCGAUCCCUUCGGUUCCAUGGGGUCCUGCGUCGCCCGUCUGGUCUAGGUCUACCUCCACCGGAGGAUGUACCGUGGGACAUGUUCCAGGGGUUUCGGGUGGCAUGACGGAGACACCGCCACGCACAGGAGACAUGCCACCCCCUCCUCCUAGACCACCUAUAGGUGAUCCAUCAUCGUCGCCCACAGGCAGAGGCUCUCGAUCCCCACACACGCCUGGGAGAUCUAGGAUUCGUGACACGACAGCAGUUCAGCGGGACGUGUGUGACACAACGUUAUUCGGGAGGAUAGACAUAGAUUUGGAUUCCACCCGCCAUGUCACGGAGCACACUGCACGUCUUCAGCCGGGCUUGGGACCCCGCGGCGCCAUGACGACCGCGGCGAGGGAGGUACCAGCAUCAGGUUGUGAGCCUCAGCGAGGUCGCGGCAGAGGAGUGUCCACCGAGAGCUUGGAGCACGCUUUGAGAGCAGCGACGCGUGUCGUGCAUGAGCAGACUCCACACAAGCAUGGAUUGCCUCCUUGUCCACGCCCCGUGCCUGCAGAGGGAGGCGCUGCACUUGGAGAGAGUUCGGGGGCGGAGGGGUUGGGGAUGCAUCGUGGAUCCCGUCGUGAGCAGACGGUUGCAGAGGCUAGUGCGAGGGUUGUUGUGUUGAGGAAGGGAGGAGACUCUGUCACCAUCGAGGAGGAUGAUCCUGAUACGGAUGUGGCAGUGCGGGAGGAGGACGAGGACUAUGAGGGCGAGGAGGAGGGAGAGGAGGGAGAGGAGGAGAGCAAAAGCGGUUCCGAUGGUGACGACGACGACGAUGACAAUGCCCCCACCUCCCCAGGACCCCCACUGACGCGUGCAUCUACACGCUCCGCUGCGCGAACUUCUUCAUUCGCACGAGGGAGGAAGAGGUCGACAUUCGACACUCGAGGGGGUACGGGGAGACAGAGCGGGAAGGGGAAGAAGGGUCGUUGACCGAUGAGGCCAACACUCUG